AUGCAGAAACUCAUCUUCCUCUGCUGCUUCGCUCUGGUCAGAGCCGGUGUCAUCAGCACUAACAUCGCACCAGCACCAACUGUCUACCACACGUACAACGCUCCUCUUACUUACACCAAGACGUUGCCCGCCCCGGCACCCGUCUACGAGUCAGUGCUCACAACACACCAGACACAAACCAGCAACAUCGAUGGAACUCAACAUAAUACUUACGCAAAAACCUUAAACACCCCUUAUUCCACAGUCAAUAAGUACGAAUCUCGAGCGACAAAUACUGGUCUUGUGGCCCAUUCCGUUCCUGUCUAUUCUGCUGCCCCUGUCAUCAGUCAUCCCCAAGCAACUUACAACAUUGCCAAUCCCGUAGUGCACGCCGUGUCAUCCCCUAUCACGUAUACUCAUCAUGCCCCUAUUGUUACUAAGACCAUUUCAACCCCGGUUGUAGCCAAGACCAUUACCCCUCAGUUGAGUUACACUUCUCACACUCCUCUAGUUCAAGCUCAACCGGUCAAGAUAACCUAUUCCGAAGCACCUUUAGUUUCUCACAUGACAUUCACUGGCCUGGGUACUAGUUAUUCAUGGUAA